CCCCAACCUCUCACCUCAUCCCACUGUUGGCAUGGCGAUCAAACUGUCAUUUCCUCAUGUCACUUCAUAGCUUCAGCUAGGGGACAGAAGUAUCCCAGAAGGCACCAGUGCACAAACGAAGAAAUCACGGGGCGUCAGGAAGAAGAGACAGCGUGAUGAGUUCUGAACAUCAGAAGUCACAAUGGAGAUGACUUUGCUGUCCAUCACAGUGUGGUUCACUCACUUCCUCAUCGCCUCGGCUCUUUAUUUCAACACACUGCCAACAAAUACCAUGAGUGGCUACACUGAAACCACACAAGUAACUCCAGCAACAACAAAAACAAACCAAGAGCCCAAGAUCCUAAUUAAUGCAACGCCUUUCUCACCUCUGAACACGACGCAGGACAGCACAACAAAUUUGCCCAGUGACGUGCAUACGCAGCCAAACACAACCCCAAAUGUGAUGUCGACACAGGAAACAACAUCCCUGCAUCAAUACAACAGCAGUACUUCAUCUCAGAAUGACAUGAUGGAUGAUGGCGUAGGCAUUUCUAGUAAUGUUGCUGUGAGCCACAAGAAUACAAGUCAUGCAACAGUUUCCACUGACUUUGCAAGACUGACGCCACAAAAUAAUGAAACAGAAACCAUGUCAAGUGUGAGUUACAAUAAUGGCGGACAACCAGUUCAGACUGCAGACACCUUAUCAGACCCAUUCAACAGUGUCUCAACAGUUCCCUGGACAGAGAAAGAGGAUGAUAGAACAAAGGCAGAUGAAGGAAAUUAUGAAACAAACUCCACCCAGGCCACAUUUGCUAAUACGAAAGAGGAGUCGAGAGGAACACAGAGUACUGAGGGAAGUUACAGCCUAACAAGUGAACACAGAGAGGAACCUUACGACACAGCAGCAAAUACAAUCGGUUUAAGUGCUGCAACGGCAACAGCGAGCAUAAAUGACUGGUCAACUUCACAAAACUCAGACAUUCUCAUGAACACGACGGCUUAUACAACAGCACAAGACCCAACGGUUACAGAUGCACCUGAAUAUCACACCUCAAUAGGUGGUGUAAGUGCGAGAAAUCAUGACUGGUCAACUUCACAAAACUCAGACAUUCCCAUUAACACAACGGCUUAUACAACAGCACAAGACCCAACGGUUACAGAUGCACCUGAACAUCACACCUCAAUAGGUGGUGUAAGUGCUGCAACGGCAACAGCAAGAAUUCAUGACUGGUCAACUUCACAAAACUCAGACAUUCCCAUUAACACGACAGCUUACACAACAGCACAAGACCCAACGGUUACAGAUGCACCUGAAUAUCACACCUCAGUUGGUGGUGUAAAUCUCUCAACGAUACAGCAGAACAGAUUCACAAACUCUACGGCACACACAGGAAGAGAAAACAUUACAGGAACAGACACACCCGGUGUUACCACCACCUAUAACAAUAACUCUAUCAUAACCGUUGUCCUAACUGAUGCCACAACCAACGAAACAAACAAAACUGACACAGAAAGCAAAGUAUGGCCUAAAUGUUUGAACCCAAACCCAGAAUCUCAGUCUCGUCAUUCCAGACUGGUCUGCUUCAUCACAGUGUGGGCUUUAGCAAUGACUGCUACCUUAUUCCUAGGAAUAACCAUCUUCCUGUGGGUGCGUCUGACGGUCUUUAAAAAGAAGAUGAAGCGGAGGGAGAAAGGAGGCCAGAAGUGCGAGAAAGAGAGCCUUUGGGCCGACCCCAAAGCAUCGGUGCAGGAGAGAGUGGAGUUCUGGUACGUCAAUGGAUCCACUAUGGAGGCCGACAGGAAGCAGAAAGACAGAAAGAGGCAGGAGAGGAUGAAGAGAAGAGAACAGCAACAGGAUAAUGAGGAGAAUGGGCUGUGGAUUCAGCCUAGAGUGACUAUGGAUGACAUAACAGAGUUCUGGUACGCAAACAGGCGCUUGAAGGAGGAGAGGACGCAGGACAUGUAGUUAUAAACUUUGAAAGACAGAAAACAGUUUGGACAGACAUACCUUCAGGCUUCUGCCUAAAACAGAAAGGGGGAUUUUGAUGGAAACUUUAUUUGAGCAAGUAAAUAAGUCUGAAUAAGACGUCACGUUUGUGGUCCUACAAUUGUGAUUUGUGCUCAGCUGUACACUGUAAAAAAAAAAAAAAAAAUCCAACUUCCAUUUUGUCAGACAAACUCUGUUAUACAGGCUGAAUGAAUUAUAGAAAGUACAAAAAAUUGACAAUUCAAUGUCAUUACACAGCAAAAACCUGUGUGCUAUUGGAGUUAUUGUAAAUAUGAGCUUUCUACUUAGAAAUUGGACAUGAACAGCCUCUGAAGUGACAGUUGGGUGGCCCAUAAACAAGGCAAAAGUGAGAACUGUAAUGACUUACGUUUUAUUCUUUUUUCCCCACAACAUCUAAAGUCAUGCAUAUUUACGUAAAUAUGCCAUGUAUGUACGCAUAUUGUAUGUAUUUUUAAAAAAAAAAAUAAUAGCAUUUAUUUGACUGAAAUUCUGGACUCAUCAACAAGCUGGCUAUCUAGAUGUUGUGAAUGUAUACAAUUGGGAGGGUAAUGUUUAUAUGGUUGCCAACAAAUGGGAUCUGCAUUUUAUUCAAAAAUAUUUUCUAUACAUUUUGGCUUUAAUAAGAGUUCCCCAAGAAAUAGGCAAAAAUUAACCUGAUGUCCAAUUCUUUCUGACAAUAAAGCACUUGAAAACGACAAACUAGUAAUUACGACUUUAGAAGUGGAAGUAGGAAAUUUCCAAUAGCACAUGAAGUCAAGUUUGGUGGUCAGGGUCGAACUAACAGGCAGCUGAGCAUGCUCAGUUUGAUCACUGAUGAUGCACUUGAAUUUAAAUUGUGAUUCUGGUCAAAACUUGGGGACAUAAUGACUACAUAAAUAUUUGUUAUUCAGAAGUAAUAGAUGUUUUAACUCUAUGUGAUGUUUUUGAUUAUAUUUUGUUGUUAACGUUGUGCUAUGUUUCAAGUCACCCAUAGAAAUUAUUCCAUUUCAAUGAGUAUAAACACAACCUUUUCAGUUUGCUUAAACUGAAUUAUACAUUCUUUGUCUAUCACUAUUUUGUAGUCUUAAUGCUCAUAUUAAUUUAAAAUUCAAGUUUACUGAACUUUUUUUUCCACAAAAAAAAAAAAAAAACAACAUUUAUAAAAAACAUUAUCUAUUUAUAGAACUUAUGUUGAAAGCACAGACCUAUUACUUUAAUUGUUGAUACAACAUUUGUUUCCAUAUGUUACUUAGAAAAGUUCUGAAGCUUAACAGUGAAAUAAACAGAAAGAUAAACAGUGCUUUUCCUUCCUUGGAAAAGAGAAGGGACCACAGACACUUUAACCACAGAAACUGUUGAAAAAUUCAGAACUUUUCUAGGUUAUUUUUUUCCAAAAAUCCCAUUCCCCCAGUAAAAUAAAUAAACACACAAAAUUUAAUACAAAAUAUUUGAGCCAACAGUACUGAAUGAAGGAAUAUAAUUUAAAGGGCUACACAAUGACAGCUUUUGCUGCCACCAUCACUCGUUCAGGACUUGCGGUGACUUGCCCGAAAAAUUCUUGGGGUGAAUAUCCCUGACAACAUAUUGUCUUUGUCUACCUAAGAGUGCUGUCUUACUCUUGUAAAGAUAAACUGAAAUAAAAUAAAUAUUAAUUUAGA